AAACGCAGCCUUAACUAUUUCACGCACAUAAUGCGCACUACUAUCUCUUUCUAAACGUCGUCAGUGUAUUUCUCUUCUCUAACAUUGCAAUUUAAUUCAUUUAGGAACUUCCUAUAUUAAGAUUUUCCUUAUAGAAAAGUUCUAUUUAUUUUGUUCAUUUCAAAAUGUGUUUUGACUUAGAUGAUGACUUAGGGGAUUGCCUUUGCAACCUGUUGAUGUGCGUUAGCUGUUGUUAUCUUUGCAAAAAGUGCUGCGGAUGUGAAGAUCAACCACGUCCACAAACGACUCAUCAAACAAUUUACGUACAACAACCACUUCCAGGUCAAAUGCAGCAGCAACCAAUGUAUGAUCCAAGCCAAGGACAGUUUCAACCACAUCCUGGGAAUUAUCCUCUACAACAACCCGUUUAUUACCCUCCUCAGCAAUCUGGCUAUCCACAACAACAAGGAUUUCCCCCACAACACCCUGGCUACGCACAACCAAUGGGAUAUCCUCAACAAUACGGAGCUCAAAUGAACCCAGAGUUUCAACAAAUGCCUCAACCACAGGGUUAUCCUCCUCGGAAAAUUAAGUUAAAAUCUUUCAACGAAACUUUAUAUCUAUCAAAAACGAUGUCCCAAACUUCAGCAUCAUCAUCAGUGCUGAAGCUCUACCAACUUGUCAUCGAAGACGUCGUAACAAAUGUACGAGAUGCGUUUUUGGAUGAAGGUGUAGAUGAAGCUGUGUUACAGGAAAUGAAACAAAUAUGGACUAAUCGAUUAAUGGCAAGUAAAGCUGUUGAAGUUACACCCGAACCACAAACACCUCAAUCUCAGCCUGUUAUAAUGGCUAAUAAUCCAAAGGCAAAUGGAACAAAAUCAAAGAAAUCGUUGUCAGGAGAACAAAAAAAUAAUGUGCCCUCAUCAUUGAAUGGUAACGCAAAAGGAUUUUCAGGUAUACCACCAUUGGCUCCAACCAUGUCGAAAGGCAAUUUACAAACAGCGAAAAAUCUUUUGCAACCUGCAAUAAAGUCUGAGCCUGGACAAGCAACAGCAUCUUCAUCACAAUCAUCACAAAAUGGUCCUCCAGCUUUACAAACCACACUCGAUCCUAAUAAAUUGAUUCCCAUUCAAAUCACCCUCCCACCACAAGCAAACGAAACUGAUAACCGGGUAUUGACCAUUAAAGUACCAGCUCGUGCGAUCCAAGAGAACCAGUUGCAGCAAGUUAUCACGGGAGAAAUCAUUACAUCAAUUAUGCCUCUUCAACCAAGCGUUGCCUCAGCAGUUUUACAACGUCAUGUGACAUCUGUGCUUGAAGCUAUGUCAACUAAGAGUAAUGCUAUCAAAGUUAGUAGACAAGUAGAUGGAACGGCAGGGGAUACAUCUGAUGAAGACGGAAGUGAUAUAAGCGAUGAUCACUUCGACGAUCUUGAUGAUGAUGAUCUAAACAAGGACGAAGAUGGAAGCGAUAUUAAUGAUAUUGAAGGAGGAGCUGAAGAAGAACCACUUAAUUCAGAGGACGACGUCACAGACGAAGAUGCUGCUGAUUUAUUCGAGACAGAUAACGUAGUAGUGUGUCAAUAUGAUAAGAUUAAUCGAUCUCGAAACAAAUGGAAGUUCUAUUUAAAAGAUGGUAUCAUGAGCUUGGGUGGUAAAGAUUACGUAUUUCAGAAGUCCAAUGGUGAUGCUGAAUGGUAAUGUCUAAUCAAGGCAUUGAAAUUUCUUUAUCAUCUCUUAAUAUGUUGUUUGAAAUAUGAAUAAACUAAAAGAUUAUCUUAAUGUUAAAAGCACAAAUCAUUCCGUUUUACAUUUAUUUUAUUUCCAUACAUUUUAAUAUCAUUUCAAUAU